AUGCGAGUACACAUCGGGAACAUCUCCCCUAAGCUUGCCGAGACUCCCGAUAAGCUUGAGAAGCGGCUAGCCAACUAUGGUACUCUCCAACUGCCGCUUGACCUCCGAUGUAAGCCGUUGGCCGACCACUACUACGCCUUUGUUGAUAUCGAUGUAACUCCCCAGCAAUGGACGAAAUUGAGACAGGCCUUUAAUGGGGUGGUGUUUAUGGGGAAGAAGAUGCUGAUGGCCGAGGCCAAGCCUGGUUUCAAGCCGGUACCGGCGACUGAUGGUUUGAAAGAGGCUAAACAGAGACAAGUGAAAGCCGCCAUCAUCAAUCAUAAUCGUGUUCAACGGAUUGAAGAAGCUACUACACCAGUACCCCAACCAAUUAAAAGUCUGUUAGUUGGAGUGGCACCCUCGCUGACCGCUUACGGGUACCACAUGUCUCCUCAUACAAUUAACAACGCCAGUGGGUCUACGAAAAAUGCUCCUCCCAGCAAGACAUUAGUUGGUUUCAAGUCUUACGGGGCAUGGUCACUGAGUCGAGCCCCGUUUCAUCAACAAUAUAGUCGUACUGGCGGUAAUUCCGAAGUGGUGCUUGGUCGAUUACGGAAAACUGCCAGAAACCCGCGGGCGUUACGUGAACAAACCCUCAGAAUAUUGAUUAACGGUGAGCUCAAAACGUUUAAAUGUUUCAAAACUAAACUUUGGGGGGUGGAACGGCGUGCCAUUACCGAUUUGGCCCACGUCUACGAAAGGGGUGAAUGGAAGCUGGGUGAUGGUCACGUUAUCGAACGAGUAACCCGGCAACCAGUGGUGGUGGGCGAAAUUGAAGCUGAACCUAAGUCAACGGAAGCCAUCGCUGAAGAAACCAAUGACUCCAAGCAAAUUUUGGCUAAGUUCUUAGGGGCAUUUGAUUUUGAUAAACCGGUGGAGGUUGACGACGAUAACGGCAUCGAUGCAGAAGAUAUCACUUACGACAGUAAGGGACGGAGGCGAGUACAACACUUUGACUACGAAAUGGCUGGUGAAGGAGUAUCGCUGCUGGUGGCAGAGGGUGAUAUUGAGCUGGGGAUGAAGAUCAUUAAUGAAGCAAAAUCGCUCGCGGAACCGGUAGCACAACCGCAAUAUUUCAGUGAAGAAGACGAUGACUUGGAUUUCGCUCUGCUCAAACCUCAGACCGUUGAAGACGGUGACAAUAUCGAGGUGGUACCAGAGACUGCUACUACUUCCGAGCCCCAGCUGGUAGAGACUCAACCUACUGCUCAAUCUAACACUAAUGACACUGAGUCUUUGCGGACGCUUUUGAACUCGGGUCCCUCUUCGGGUUUCAGCCUUGCUCUUGGUGCUGAUGACGACGAUUUGGACGAAGAAGCGCCCGCUCCCGCGGUGUCUGAGGAGCUUAUCAAGCAAAUUAAGGAAAAGCAGGACGAAGUGUUGAUGGAGGUGGCUCCUAAGGCCAAGCACGGGCUCUUUUGGAGUCACGCCGACUCGGCGUUUAUGGCAUCGCAAUCACAGUACGCUCAGAUCGGGUCAUUGGGCACGAAACAGCCUCUUCCUGGUGAUGGCGACUACGAAGCCUGGUUCUACGCUCAAAGAAGUGAGGUGACAGCUGAGUGUAAGCGCCGUCGUCGUCAAGUGCAACGGGCGUUUAAGCGUCGGAAAGUGCAAGUGAGAACUUGA